GUUUGAUGGUAAGUCAGAGUUCAGUGACAGUGAAGGUGACAUGGUGUGACUGCCAUCUUGAUUUUUCCCGGGGCCUGUCUUUUUUGGCAGAGGAGUGUAAUUUGACAGACUGCAUUGGUUACAGAGCUUUUGUGGUUGCCAUUGAGAAAGUAAAUAGUGUCA